AUGAACUUUGACUAUAAGGAGUCACUAAGCACCGGAACUAGCCCGACAGAAACUUCCAAAAGGGGUAAAGACACAAGGCCCCUCCCCGAUACCACAUCGGAAGGGAAAAAGAUUUUGUUCUCGAUGGCGCUUUGUUCGCCGUCAAUGCUUGAAGAAACGACUGCCGAUGUCGUGCUCGACCCAUGUAUCGAGGGAGGGAUAUGCUAUGAUAAAGAAUCUCCUGCCCAGGUUCAAUCUUCACUUUUGCCAGAGACGCUCCAUCUGCUUGGCCUAGAUCACCGACCGUGGGCACGUUUGGAGUUUUCUUGUGAUCGUGCGACGAGAUCAAAUUUAGUGAUAGCUGCAGCUCGAACCAGGAUGGCGCCGCAUCUUGAUACCAACGCGGCCAAUGCCAUUAAGACAGUCGACCCAACCAACCGGAGCCAAAUUAAGGACGGCAUUUCGACCACGUCCGUCGCGGCCGAGACCGAUACCAAGCCGGAGCCCCCACAGCAACCUGAAUUCGCGGGAUGGUUCCACUGGCACGAGCCCGGCACAUCGCCGGAGGAGAAGAAGUUGAUUUUCAAGUUGGAUUGGUUUCUACUUUCAUUCUCGUGUCUCAUGUUCUUCAUCAAACAGCUUGACCAAAACAACAUCUCCAAUGCCUACGUAUCCGGCAUGUCGGAAGAGCUCAACUUCGGUCCCGGCAACGAACUCUCCUGGAUGAACACGUACUUCAACAUUGGAACCAUCAUUGGCGGUUCUUUUGCCAACCUGAUCAUCACUGUCGUCCGACCGCGCUUCUGGCUGACCGGGUGCCUCUGCACUUGGUCUCUCUUCGUGCUUUUCCUGUUCAAGUGCCAGACCGCCACGCAGUUCUAUGUCCUGCGUUUCUUCAUCGGCUUGUUUGAGUCUGCCGCAUGGCCUGGCGUCAUGUACGUCCUCGGAUCAUGGUAUCGCAAAAGCGAAUUGUCCCGCCGCUCUGGCCUUUUCGUCAUGAGCGGUGUCUUGGGGCAGAUGUUUUCCGGCUAUCUUCAGUCUGCCUUGUAUUCGGGUAUGGGCGGAAAGGGUGGUCUGUCAGCGUGGCGAUGGCUUUUUGUCUUUGAUUUCAUUCUUGCCAUUCCCGUGGUGAUCUAUGGCGUCAUUUGCUUCCCCGAUACCCCUCACACGACAAAGGCUUUCUACCUCAGUGACUGGGAAAAGCAACGUGCUCGCGAGCGGAUUGAAGAAGAAGGCCGCAAACCUGUCGGCAAGAUGAACUGGUCCGUUAUAGCCCGCGUCUUCGGCUCAUGGCAAGUCUACGCCUUCACAGCAGCCUACUCCUUCUGGACUCUGACCUGCGGCUCCUACAUCAUUCAAUACUUCACUCUGUACCUCAAGUCAACAAAAUUGUACACCGUGCCAGAAAUCAACAACAUCCCAACCUGCGUUGGUGCCAUCAACUUCGUGUUCAUGGUCUCCACAGGCUACGUCUCUGACAAAAUUGGCCGGCGCGGACCCGUCUGUUUCGCCGUCGGGUGUCUUCUGACGUUCGUCUACGCCGUCCUCGCGGCAUGGAGCGUGCCACAUAUGCUACGCAUGGCCGUCUUCAUCCUUGCAGGGUGCUAUGGUUGCUACACGCCUUUGCUGGCGGGAUGGGCGAAUGAGGCCUGCGGUGGCGAUCAGCAGAAGCGCGCCUUUGUGCUUGGCUUCAUGGUCUCCGUCGGCCAGGCUGUUGUGAUUCCCUUCCAGCAACUGCAGAUGCCGAGCGGACAGGCCCCUGCAUUUGCCAAGACACAUGGGUGGAAGAGCGCGCUUGCAUUUGUGGUGGCGUUGACUGUCUGGACUGGUGUUGGUCUGCCGUUACUUCAGAGAUGGAGAGAGUCUCGUGUGAAGUUCAGUACCCACGAAAUGCAGUCUUUUGAAGCGAUCAAUUAUAUCGACGUUAUCUCGCGAUGGUGGAUCUCAUGGGGUAUCAAUUUGGGAGUUUGA